AUGACUUCCUCAUACGAAGGAAACGAGGGCCCUUCCCCGAAUUCUAUCGCGGGAUUGUCAUUAUCCAUAUUCUCCGACAUCCUCUCAAACCUGACGCACGACUUGGUCCUCCAAUCGCACCGCCAGGAGAAACUACGUAGCAGAGCACAUCCUGCCGAUUCCUCGUCCUCCUCGUUAACCUCGCUAUCGGAGACGACAUGCCCACGGUGCAACCUCCCUCAGCACACAGCUCAGACACUACAAUCCGCGGACGCGGCUGACAAGAAGAAGUUCUGCUCGAGGCUUCCAUUCCAGAACACUCCCUACCACGACAUCUACGGCAAUCCCUUCCCAACAAACAACUCCAGUGCGAAGGAGAAAAAAGCCGCCGCUGCCUCAGCUGCCGCAGCUGCAGCGGCGGACUCGCCGACCCCAGAUCCAUCGGAUACUGCGGCGCCGGCUCCAAAGGGGAAGAACUCGGCUAUCGUCUAUUUUAAGUGCACGUCAUGUGACAACGAUAAGGUCGCGUCGUCGCGGUACGCCGCACACCUGGAGAAGUGUUUGGGGCUUAGUGGGAGGAAGAGUAGCAGGGCUGCUAUGGCGAAGAUGAAUAGUAGCUCUGGUGGAGGGAGUCCUAUGCUUGCUCCGACGGAUGCGCCGGGUGGUGGGAAUGGCGGGAAUGGUAAUGGCAAUGGCAAUGGUGGGGGUAAUGGUAAACAGGGGGGUAGUCGGAAACCUAGCCCGGAGAAGAAGUCGCCUGUUCCGCCUCUAGCGAUACUCAACGGAGCAGAGGAGGCUAAGACCCUCCUUCCGCCGCCAAUCCCCGCACCGCUUGCCACCGUCGUCGUCGGUGUCCCCAGCAGUAUACCGCCAAUCACUACCACAACUGCAACCGCCACUGCCACCCCAAAAAAGAAAAAAAAGAAAGCCGCAGUAGGUGCAAACGUCCCGGUUCCCCUCCCGGCCGCAAUCUCUCAUGGCGACCAUGACAAAGACCCCCAGGACAAAACCCGAGAUACCUCAAUAUCCCAGCCAACAAAAGACGCCCCCGCGCCUCCCAAAAAGCGUAAACGAAAAGCCGAAGCUGAUGGCACAAUCAACGUCUCUGCAAUACCUGCAGCAUCACCACUGUCGAUAGGGGGGAUACCACUUCCCGCGGGCAGCGAGAUUUCGAAACCCCCGCCCAUUAAGAAACAAAAAGUCACGCCCAAUGCAGGAGGCUCGGAAACUCCGAUUUCCACCAAAAAGUCUCAAUUGAAUAAAUUUAAUAAGAAUAGACAAAGCCCCACUCCGGGGAACUUACCCAAGAAACCGCCUGUUUCGGCUGCGACUGGCAUCGGCGGUGCUGAUAGGAUAUCUACCCUCCCUCCACCCCCACCCCCAAUAUCCGCCCCCAAACCCACGAAACCGAAGACAGUAAAGACGAAGAUUGUUGCUGCAGCGUCUGUGGGCGCAGCAGCAGCGGGCGGAAUAGCCAGCAACGCAGUUCCAAAACCCGUUAAGAAGCUGGAUGGGGUUAAGAAAAUUAAGGGCCCAGGAAAAGCUAAAGUUGGAAAAGCUGCCGGGAAGGGAAUUGGAGCUGGGAAGGGAGUUGCGGGGAGUAAUAGUGCCGCCACUGCUGCUACUUCUGCUAGUAGUAAUGUUGGUGGUAGUAAUGCUGUUAAUGUUACGCCGGUGUCGGGGGUAGUAGGGGGCACAACGGGCACAACGGGUGCAGCACCGGGACAAGUUGCGGGAAAGGGGGUGGCUAGGAAGGGGACUUAG